AUGUUCAUUGGGAAUUGGCGGCACCGGCCCAACCGCGACGCUGCCAAAUGGCUGAUCCAGGAAGUGUGGCCGCUGGUGCGGAAGGAUCUCCCUGAUGCUUUGCUCAACGUCUACGGGGCCAACCAGACGCCAGAGGAUGCGGCCCUCCAUGACGUUUCCAUCGGGGCUCAGGUGCAGGGUUACUGCCGUUCAGUGCCUGCUGCCAUGCAGCGGCACCUGCUACUGGUGGCUCCGCUACGCUAUGGCGCCGGCGUGAAGGGGAAGGUUCUUGAGGCAUUGCAGCAUGGCCUCGUGGUGGUCACCACAGCUGUGGGCAUCGAAGGCAUCGCCUCAGCGGAGAGCUUCCCGGGCUACGUGGCGACGGCGCAGGAUCCAGCGGAAUUCGCGAGUGUGGUGGUUCAGGCAUUGCAAGACCAGCAACGUUGGGAGGCUGGAGAGUGGUUCUUGUGGCUGAUCAGAUGCUGA